GAUCUGGUCGCGAAAAAGAAGAAACCCCAGAUGAGAGUUGAGUCGUAGUGUUAUCUUUGCAACAUGCUCUGGUCUUCCUGCAUUGCUCUCUCCUUCGGCUUGAGUGUGAAUGCUGCAAUUUCAGUAUCGGCACAACAGACUUCAUCGCCUGUGAUUGGGAUCUUGAGUCAACCCAUCGGUCUCAGGAAGACGGAUCAAAACACGGAACAGAAGGAAGAAUAUGUAAUUGCUGCAAGCUAUGUGAAGUGGCUGGAAUCUGGUGGGGCUCGCAGUAUCCCGAUUCCUUAUGACGCUGGUCCAGGCAUGGUGAAGGAUCUGUUUGGUCAGAUCAAUGGACUGCUAUUGCCAGGAGGAGGCUCUGCUGUACCUCCCGCUGUCCACCAGUUGUUGAAUCUUGCGCUGGACGAGUCUUUUCCCGUCUGGGGUACCUGUCUCGGUUUUGAAUACUUGGUACAAGUCCUAUCAUCCAAUUCCUCUCUGCCGGUUCUCACGGAUGGAUUUGAUGCCGAAAACAAUAGUUGGCCACUUUUGAAUGUUCAACGGCGGCAGCUCUAUCAAGAUGACAGAAUCUAUCAGAUUGUCAGACAGAAAAAUGUUACUUCCAACUCCCACCAUAUGGGAGUGGAACCAAGUGCAUUUCGGAACAAUGAAAAUCUGAACAAACUCUUUGAAGUGACAUCUGUGAAUGUGGAUGGCCAUGGUCGACCUUUUGUAUCGACGAUUGAACCCAGAAAUCCUCAUAUCAUGCCAAUUUAUGGUGUACAGUACCACCCAGAAAAGAAUGCUUUUGAGUAUGGCACAUAUGCUGGAACCAAUAUUCCGUACAAGGCCAUUGAUCACUCGGAAGAAGCAGUAGAAUUCUCGGCUUAUGUGGCACGAUUCUUUGUCCGGUUGGUCAAAGCUCACAAUGACAAUAAUCAUGAUGGCAGCAGCGUUCAUCGACAUCACUCCUACACCAAACACAGGCAAUACCCCUUGGUGCAAACCUAUCCCGUCAAACAAAUGCUGGCAUUCGAACAGUACUACGUCAUACCAUCGGCGAAACAACUGGACAAAACGAUAAAGCAAUCUGCAUCGAAGCUAUUGCGGGGUUGAUUGCAAGACUACUCGUACCGGCACGUUCCAGGCCUGGAGACUAUUUUUGGUUGGAAAUUUGGUAAUCCUGUUCUGUUCAUGAGAUGAUCCAGCGAUUGGAUGACUUUCGCUGGUACCGUAGCCAGCUUGUAGCUAUAGGACAUCACCGCGUGGCAAAUAUACACGGGGAAUUCGCUUUUAGAAGCAAGGCGCGUCUUUCUGAAAGCUUUGCAACUUGUUGGUGCAGAGCCCCUUCGUUAUGCCCGCUCAGUGAAGCAUGCGUUCGUAUGGUGUCAAUGUUCCAGUUCUAUCUCUAUCGAGCAGAUCAAAGUUGUGCCUCAACACCUCCACCGCACUCAACGACAGCCGGCCUGAACAGUCAAAUAGAGGCAUGAGUGGAUGGUUGGAUUUGCAGACACACCACAACAACGCCAGUACAACGCGUUCUUACCUUGUCUCAGCAGCUGCAAUACAAUGAAAUCACUCAAAUGAAUAAGUGAAUCUUUGGGGGUUGUCAAGUGCUUGGCCAGGUCGAACUCAGCCUCUGAUAACGGCCUUGUGAGUGCAGUGGUUUCCAUGGCUUUUACGUGCCCCGCCACCAAGACCUGAGCAAAAUGACCUAGCGUCAAAGCAAAGAGAGGUAUUCCAAACAAACAAAAUACGCCACAAAAAAUGGCAGGGUCUGUUGGCAGAAUGCCUUCCGCGUUGACAUCAGGACCGGUCAGGCCUCCAGUGGCAAGGGCGCUGACCGCAAAAUGAGUUGCUGUAAUGGGAUCCCAGUGCUGAUCCAAAAUGCCCCAGGCGAUUCCGCCACCAACCCAAAGGACAAAUACGACAUAAAUGCGAUGCUCCAAUGCCCACAACUGCUGCAAUCGAAAGCCAAUGUAGAAUUUCAGCUUUUUGAGUGGAUGGAUAUCUUUAGAAUUUUGAAUAUUCUCUCUUUGCACGACCUUGACUAGUCGAUCAAUGCCUCGGUAGCAGCCAACA